GGCAAGUGCCGAUGAGCCUCGCCGAGGAGUGAAAAACAGCUCCGGGGCUGCGGCAGCAGCGAUCGCGGCCGGGGGAGAGGGAGAGGAAGAGGGAGAGGAAGAGGAGGGAGAAAGAGCCGGGGGAAAGCCCUCUCUAUGCUGGGUGACUUUUAAACUGACUUGCUUCCACCGCUCAACCUUUUGAAGCAAAAGAAGAAAAGAAGCCGGGAGGUGGAAAGGCGAUGGCGGACCACAUGAUGGCCAUGAACCACGGGCGAUUCCCCGACGGCACCGGUGGGCUCCACCACCACCCAGCGCAUCGGAUGGGCAUGGGGCAGUUUCCCGCCCCCCACCACCACCACCAGCAGCCGCCGCCGCAGCAACAGCAGCAGCAGCAGCAGCAACAACACGCCUUCAGCGCCCUGAUGGGCGACCAUAUACAUUACGGAGCAGGGAAUAUGAACGCCGGCGGUGGGGUGAGACACGCUAUGGGGCCGGGGGGUGUCAACGGAGGGCACCCCGCCGGUACCAUGCCCCCCCCGGCCCGUUUCAGCGGUUCCCAAUUCAUGGCCCCCCCAGUCGCCAGCCCGGGAGGGCAGCUGAGCGCCAGCAUGCAGCUCCAGAAGCUCAACAACCAAUACUUCAGCCACCACCCUUACCCCCACAGCCACUACAUGCCGGACUUGCACCCCGGUAGCCACCAGCUGAACGGUAGUAGCCAACAGCAGCAUUUUAGGGACUGCAACCCCAAGCACGGUGGCGGCGGAGGAGGAGGAGGUGGGAGCGGGUUGCCCCCCGCCGUCCCCCACGUCCCCGCGGCGAUGCUGCCGCCCAAUGUCAUAGACACUGACUUCAUCGACGAGGAGGUCCUCAUGUCCUUAGUCAUCGAAAUGGGGUUGGAUCGCAUCAAGGAGCUGCCCGAGCUGUGGUUGGGACAGAACGAGUUUGACUUCAUGACAGACUUCGUUUGCAAACAGCAGCCCAGCAGGGUGAGCUGCUGAUUCAUUGAAAACAAACAAAGGACUUUUCUAUCGGUGCGAAUGAAAACAUUCCCCUAGACACGGUGUCUCACUUUUUCAGGGCUUGAAAAGGUGAGAAUCUGGAAAGCAAGAGUCAACUAUGCGCUUGUAUAAAUUCUUUUUUUUUUUUUUUUUUUUUUUUCCCCUUUUUAAAUCCCUCCCCCUGUUUUUUUGGUUUU